GACCCUCUUUCUGAUUUCUCAAAUCUCGAUCUCAUACUUCUCUCUCUCUCUCUCUCUCUCUUUCUCACGCACACGCACACGCACAUCCAAUCUCGAACCUUAACACCACCACCCCAUGGGUUCCAGGAGGAACGACAACCCACACUACGGCGAUGGUGCCAGUCCUGGUAAAAUCUUCAUUGGAGGCUUAGCCAAGGACACCACCUACGAAACCUUUGUGAGUUACUUUGAGAAGUAUGGAAAGAUAACAGAUUCUGUUAUCAUGAAAGACCGGCACACACAUCGACCAAGGGGUUUUGGUUUCAUAACCUAUGAGGAUCCUUCUGUUGUUGACCAGAUGAUCCAAGAGACCCAUGUCAUCAAUGGCAAGCAGGUUGAGAUCAAAAGAACCAUUCCUAAAGGUUCUGGUUCUGCACAAGCUAAUGAUAUCAAAACAAAGAAAAUUUUUGUUGGUGGGAUUCCAACUACAGUCAGUGAAGAUGAGUUCAAGAGUUUCUUCUCAAAGUAUGGAAAGGUGUUGGAACAUGAGAUUAUAUGCGAUCAUGUGACUAAACGCUCUCGUGGAUUUGGAUUUAUUAUAUUUGACAGUGAAAAAGUUGUUGAUAAUAUUCUGUCAAACGGCAAUAUGAUUGAUAUGGAACGUACACAGGUUGAGAUCAAGAAGGCUGAACCAAAGAAAGCCUCCUCAAACCCAGCACAUGUUCCUCCUGCAUUUGGUAGAGACUCUAGGGCACGUUCAUACAAUGAAGAUUUUGGUGGAUUUGGCGACUCUUAUAGUAGCUUUGGAAGUGGUGGUUAUGGCCCUACUUCUUAUAGAUCACUUGGCGGUUUUGGUGGUAGGCUUGGCAAUUAUGGAGGGUAUGGUGGUGGUAAUGAUUUUGGUGGUGGUUAUGGAGAUUUUGGUGGUGCUGGUUUCGGUGGUUAUCAGGGAGAGUCAUCAUUUGGCUAUUCUAGUCGCUAUGAUUCCUAUAUGGGAGGCCUUGGUGGGGGAUAUGGUGGGAGUGGAUUAAGUGGAUAUGGACGUGGAAGUGGGGGCUAUGGAAGUUAUGGUGGUUCAGGCUCCCCUGGUGCUAGUUAUGGAGGGCCAGGAGGAUUGUAUGGUAGUAGGGCAGGUUAUGGUGGCAGUAGUCGUUACCAUCCCUAUGCACGGUAGAUUGUGCUUAAGCUUUCCAAUAGAAGUUGCUGGCAGGUUGCCUUAUUGUCAGUGUAUGCAUUUUGUGAUUCUAUAGACACAAGGCACUUACUGCAAGACCCACUCUCUAGAAGAGCAGAUCAACUGUUAGUUUGUUUGUGUUCAGGCUUUGGCUUAGACAACAAAAGUUAGAUCAGCAUAUAUAUAGAGCCUUUUGUCACUGAUUGGCACUGUGAUUUUAGUUAGGCAUCUCUCUUAAUACUUUAUAUUUAUGGUUGUCUAUUUGUUAAGUUAGACUUUCAUCUUGUUAUGAGAUAUUAUUUGGUUAGAAUCAAUUUGGAGUUUUCCAUUCAA